ACACACACUGAGUUGGAUAUCUGUGCCGUAUUUUUCUGGUUGUACUUCAAAGUAUCGUCGAUGUCGAGUUUCGAUAAACCGACACACACUUCCAGCGGCUUUUAAAGGACCAGAGGAUAAAAAAAAAAACACUCCGAAAGUUUUUACCCCCUCUUUUUCUAGGUUGGUGGUGGAGUUGUUUCCUCACUUUCUCCGAUGAUGAUGGAGAGAAGGAUGACUCUAUCAGCCUGGCAAGAUGCUCUGUGAGAUUUCUCUGCUCUGUGUUAAACAUCUGGAUGAGUAACAGAAGUCACGCAAACCGCACGCGCCGCUCGGCACGCGCAGCGGAGUGAACUUUACCGGAGUUCGAUUUUUUUGUUUGUUUGUUUGUUUGUUGUUGUUCCAGCUGAACGAGAGAGAGAGAGAUAGACUGGGUGCAUGUGUGUGUGUGUGUGUGUGUCGUGAUUCCUCCAUAAGAAGAUCAGCAGAGAGAAGGAUGGCGAGGAGAAAACAGAGAGAACCCAGGAAAUCUGCAGCCUACCUUCCGAUGGACAUUAAAGCAGCCACGUUUGAAGACAGGCAACUUCAAGAUGACAGUCUUGCUUUGGAUGACCAUGGAAAAUACAUAUUCAAUGAGGAAGAGGAAGAAGAUGCAAAAGAGUCGCUGAGAUUUCAGGACUCCCCUAACAGUAAUGGGACCAACCCAGAUACUGGCUGUCUUUCCCCGCUCAGUGACACCAGUGAUCAGAUGCCUGAUUAUAAAAGCAUUUCUUCGAAAGAAGGACAUGAAGAGGAAGAAGCACAGAGCAGCUCGGACAACAGCGUUCUGGAUAACCUAGAUCGGACAAAAGCCGUCUGUGCGAACCUGGUCUCUGAUGCGUCCUGGUCCGACGUGGUGAUGAACAUCAUGAAAAGUAGGGCAAGUGCAUCCAGUGCAGCUAACAUGACGAAUCCCAAUGGCAAUUACAUAAUUAACAGGCCAAGCAAUCACAAUCGAAAUAUCCUUAAUGGAAAGGCAGAAAGCAGUUCAAAUGGCUGCACAGUUACUAACUGCAGCAUUAAGGCUUCUAAUGGUGCUGGUGUAGUGUAUGACUGGCAUCAGGCUGCUGUAGCCAAAACACUCCAACAAACCCAUCACCACUUAUCAGCAGAGGCAAGCCUGUUCAGCACGGUGCAGCUCUACCGACAAAACCACAAACUCUACGGCUCUGUUUUGACUGGUGCUAGCAGGUUCAAGUGCAGGGACUGCAAUGCUGCAUACGACACACUAGUAGGUCUCACGGUUCACAUGAAUGAUACUGGUCAUUACCAUGACGACAACCAAGAGAAAGAAGAAGAGAAUAAUAGCAAGCACUGGUCGAAGCCCCGCAAGCGAUCAUUGCUGGAGAUGGAAGGCAAAGAGGAUGCCCAGAAGGUACUGAAGUGCAUGUUCUGUGGCCACUCCUUUGAGUCUUUACAGGACUUGAGUGUCCACAUGAUUAAGACAAAGCAUUACCAGAAAGUGCCUCUUAAAGAGCCUGUGCCAGCUUUGGCCACCAAACUGGUGCCAGCAGCCAAAAGACGAUUCCUUCACGAUUCCCUAAUUUCCCCUUGUUCCCCGAAGUCGAUUAUAUGUUCCAGUAAAGAGGCUUCAAUGGUUCCUGUGAAGGGCACUGUUAAUCCUUAUGUUACCCCAAACAAUCGCUACGGAUACCAGAACGGUGCAAGUUACACUUGGCAGUUUGAGGAACGCAAAGCACAAAUUCUGAAGUGCAUGGAGUGUGGGAGCUCCCAUGAUACACUGCAGCAACUCACUGCCCACAUGAUGGUCACAGGUCACUUCCUGAGGGUCACAAACACUGCAGUAAAGAAGGGAAAGCAGUUAGUGUUUGACCAAAGUGUGGAAGAAAGCACGCAGUCAAUUCCAUUACCUCCUACAACGGCCAUUGUUAAACACCAGUCAGAGUCCCCUGCUCUGUCUUCUUGUUCAGAGGCCAAGAAGGAAAUGGAGGAGGUUUGUGAACCAGUUCAGAAAAUGAUCAAGGAGGAGAAGGAAGAGAUCAGCAUGAAUUCCACAUCGUAUAAAUACCUAAGAGAGGAAGACCUUGAGGAGACUGCUAAAGGAGGGAUGGAUAUCCUGAAGUCUCUAGAGAACACAGUGUCCAGUGCCAUCAGUAAGGCUCAGACAGGUACGCCCACCUGGGGAGGAUACUCCAGCAUCCAUGCUGCUUAUCAACUUCAGAGAGCUAUGAAGCCGUCUAUACUUCCUCCAGUGGUUCAAAGUGUGCAGGCAGUCAUCAAUAGCAACCUUCUUUCACUCGAUCCUGAUCCUGGAUCACUUAUUUACACUCCCCACAGACAGUCAUUGCCCCUGGCCCUCAGGAACAGUGUAUCUACCAUAGAGGAGCUGAUGGAGAAGGUCUCGGGAAAGACCUUGGUAAAGAAAGAGAGGGAAGAAAGGACAGGGAGUGCAGAUGCAGCUACAUCAAUAUCACCAUUACUGAAAGACAACAAAGUUAGUGUUGAUACAAAGACAAAUGAAGGUAUGUGUAAAGAGGAACCUAUGGAGAUGUUUGUAGAAAGCCAGAAUAAGAACCAUAGCCUAGAGUCACCCAUCGAUAAUGGCCCCAGUUUAGAGAUGGUUAUCGAUCAAUCAUCUGAGAGACCUUUUAUCAGCCCCCUAAAUUCACUCCAGUUAGUUGUGAACUCACACCUUCCCAAAGCCUCCAAGAUGGUCAGCUCCUCCUCUGAUCCGCUCUCUGUGUUAUACAAGAUCAGCAACAGGGUGGUCGACAAAACCGCCCACCGUUCAUCAUCUGAUGAGCAAAAUGGCAUGCUUGACACAGAUUUCUACAAGGACACUGACCAGCCUAUAGAUCUGAGAAAAUGUAAAAGCAGUACUGGCAGCAUCCAUCAAGAAAGCACUGUCAACACCAGCAGUCUCAAGCUACUAAACAACAAAGCUAAUGGAAGUAAAGCUCAUCACCCGGGCUUACCUCUGUCCGAUUCUCUAAACCUACGGGAAAAUGCCCUCAUGGACAUCUCAGACAUGGUAAAGAGCCUCACUAGCCAGCUCACCCCCAAGUCCUCCAUUCCACCAUGCCUUUUAGGGAAAUCUGACACCGACAGGAGCUCAUGUGAGGAUCCCAUGGAGAACUUUUCUUCUGCGCAGAAGCAAAAAGGUCGCCAGUCCAGCUGGAACCCUCAGCACCUACUCCUUCUUCAGGCUGAGUUUGCCUCAAGCCUGAAACAGACCCCGGAAGGUUGCUACAUCGUAACGGACCUCUGUCCUCAUGAACGUGUCAAAAUCUGCAAGUUCACGGGUCUGUUAAUGACCACGGUGUCACACUGGCUCGCCAAUGUGAAGUACCAACUGCGGAGAACCGGAGGGACCAAGUUUCUGAAGAACCUGGACUCCAGGAAUCCAUUGUUUCUUUGCGGAGAGUGCGAUUCCAAAUUCAGGACUCCUUCCGCUUAUGUCAACCAUCUGGAGUCUCACCUCGGCUUUAGCCUCAAGGAAAUGUCCAAGAUGUGUCCGAGGUGAAGAGUGAUCAUCCGGUGUUUCAUUCACGCUAGUGAGUGACAAAGCAAAUAGAUGACCACUGCAUGACUCAACACUAGACUUAUGAAUUGUUUUGCUAAUUAUUGCCUUGACUUAAUUCACUGCACCAAUCCAAACAAUCCAUGUACGUUGACUAAUACCAUUUCUUGGACAGGUUAUACAGGCCACUCCCACAAAAACAAAACUGGGAGGAACGUCAACGUCUUGUUACUUGCUAGUGUGCUAGGGUUAAUGAUUUGGAAGAUGGCCGGUGGAUGUUGUUGCACUUUUUCUCCAUCAUCCGGGUCAUUUUUCGAUGUUUCUAGUGACACUGAACUAAAAAUAUAUAUACAAAGAUGUUUCUGCGCUCCAUCCCGGUCAGGUGACCCCACUGGCACUACACACCUCCUGCACUAAGCCAUCAUGAACUGAACUGAAAUCUACCUUCUGCUGUAUCUCAUUUUUGUAUUGUCUUAAAAAAACCUGGAUUUUUAACCGAAGUUAAAUGUAUUUAUAUUCUAUUUGUCUGAUUGAUGCAUGUGAUGGAUGACUACUGAGUUUUAUGACAGUAACAUUUGAGCAAUGUCUAAAUAGAAUUAUUCAUGAACACAGUUUGUUAUGGUCAAUCUAGGGCAUUAUGGAAAGCAUUGGAUGCAAAUUCUUACAGAAAUUACAUUUUAUUUGUUGAUCUGCUCGUUUGUGUCUUCAAUUUUAGUGCAAAAUUUGUAGCUUCACACACUCUUUGCAGAAAAAAAAAAGAAAAUGUGAAAAUAAA